CCCCUUUGAGGAGCAACCGUCAGUCACGUCGGCGUGCGAAUGGGAAACAAAAACAGGCUCCCUUUAAUUGAAUUUAAUGUCGAGAGCGGUCGGCAGGAUUUUAGUUCGUCAGACGCCUGUGUUCGCGAUUGUGAGGAAGAACGAUGUUGGAGACGGACAGUACCGCUGUUCUAAAGGAAGGAACAGAAAAGGCUAAUUAGCCUGUUAGCCUCUGUGAGCCCCUAGGUGUGACAGUCUACUCCGACAGUCUACUGCUAGCUGCUUCUGAUUUCCUCCAGAUUAAGAUACAACCAUGGCAUGGGAAGUGUACUCAGUGUCCCUUGGAGUGGAUGGAAUGACCUGUCAUUCCUGUGUCCAGUCCAUAGAGCAGCGCAUUGGCUCUCUGCCAGGGGUGAUACAUAUAAAGGUGUCUUUAGAGCAGAAACUGGCCACAGUCACUUUUGACCACAAUCAACAAAGUCCUGACUCUCUGUCAGUGGCCAUUGAGGACAUGGGCUUUGAAUCUAGCCCCUCACAGUCCAUCAAAUCAACACAGGUCUCCACAGACACCCACCUGAUACCAACCUCAGGCCUAACACUUUCAGGUCAAAAGGAGGCUUUAGAGAUGCUCUCACAGGUGAAGGGAGUCCUGGAUGUCAGCAGGACCACGGGGGAGACGGCUCUGUCUGUCACCUUUGUCCCCUUCCUCACUUCAGCUCUGCAGUUGACGGAGUUGGUGACCAGCUUUAAAAAACUGACUGAGGUUCCCACACCCAACUGCCCUGAUCCAAAAGCCCCAAACCUGUACCGGUCUCAAGAGAACGGGGGAGGAAUGUCCAUCAUGAAAAUGAACAUCGAAGGAAUGACGUGCCACUCCUGCACCAACGCCAUCGAAGGGAAGAUCGGGAAACUGAAAGGGAUUGAAAGGAUCAAAGUUGUGUUAGAGUCUCAGGAAGCUACCAUCAUGUACCAGCCUUACCUCAUCACUGUCCAAACUAUUAUAGACCAGAUUGCUGGGGUCGGCUUCAAGGCUGUUGUCAAAUCCAAACCUCGCCCUUUCCAGUUUUCCUCUAAUGAAAUUGAAUGUUUCCUCGAUUCACAAAAGACGUCGGAGACUGCAGGGGAGACUGCAGAGGACAUUUUUGUAGACUUAACACUUGUCAUGCUCAGGGUCAAAGGCAUGCACUGCCAUUCCUGUGUGAUCAAUAUCCAGGACAACAUCUCCACACUGCCCGGGGUAUCGUCCGUGGAAGUGUCUCUGGAAAAGGAAAAAGCUUCAAUCUGCUACGACUCACUAAAAAUCACAGUGCCUCAGCUUCAGCGGGCGAUUGAAUCACUGCCUCCAGGAAACUUCAAGACUCUACCCUGGGACUCCACGGGUCCUUUAAGCCCCGUCUCCAUAUCACCCAUACCUGCCUUAUCAUCUGCAGAAAAAGCCAAAUCUACAUCUUCUGCUUUAAAGCCUUGUUUCACACAACCUCUGGCAUCUGUAGUUAAAAUCCACAUUGAAGGCAUGACCUGCCAGUCCUGUGUCCAGUCCAUCGAAGGCAUGAUAUCCCAAAGGAAGGGGGUGGUCUCUGCCCAUGUCUCUCUGGCUGAACAUCAGGGGACAUUUGAAUAUGACCCCCUUCUGACAACACCAGAGGAGCUGAGGGAGGCUGUGGAGGACAUGGGCUUUGAUGCUUUUUUACCUGCUUCCAAUUCACUGCUGCCUUUGCCAGAACCAAGUUUCUCCAAAGCUACACGUCAAACGCUGGUGAAAGACACGGAGAUUGACAGUGACUUGUACAAAGAUAAACUAGAGGGAAGCGACAAGGAGAAGAAAUCUAAAUGCUUUAUUCAGAUUGGUGGAAUGACCUGUGCGUCCUGCGUGGCCAACAUUGAACGAAACCUUAAGAAUGAGCACGGUAUUCACUCGGUGCUGGUGGCACUGAUGGCGAGUAAAGCUGAAGUGCGGUACAACCCUGAUGUCAUAGACCCUCUGAAGAUAGUGGAGUGUGUGAAAGAGCUGGGGUUCACUGCCUCUGUGAUGGAGAACUACGAAGGCUUGGACGGAAACCUAGAACUAGUGGUGAGGGGGAUGACGUGUGCCUCUUGUGUUCAUAAAAUUGAAUCCAGCCUCAUGAGAGAGAAGGGCAUUAUUUACGCCUCUGUGGCCUUGGCAACCAACAAGGCACAUGUGAAGUAUGACUCGGAAAUUAUCGGGCCAAGAGACAUCAUCAAGCUGAUUGAGAAUCUGGGCUUUGAAUCUUCCUUGGUGAGGAGGGACCGCACUGCCAGUCACCUGGACCACAGCAAAGAGAUACGACAGUGGAGGAAAUCCUUUCUGGUCAGCUUGAUAUUCUGCGUGCCCGUGAUGAGCAUGAUGAUUUACAUGAUGAUCAUGGACCAUCAGAUGAACGUUUCACACCAUCACAAUGCCACAGUGGAGGACCGUAACCAUUACCACUCUACCAUGUUCCUGGAGAGGCAGCUGCUCCCAGGCCUCUCCAUCAUGAACCUCAUCUCCUUCCUCUUCUGUGUCCCUGUGCAGUUUAUCGGAGGCCGUUACUUCUACGUUCAAGCCUACAAAGCGAUCAAACACAGAUCUGCCAACAUGGACGUCCUAAUAGUUCUGGCUACGUCCAUAGCCUUCAGCUACUCACUAAUUGUCCUCAUAGUGGCCAUGGUGGAGAAAGCCAAAGUCAACCCCAUCACCUUCUUCGACACACCGCCCAUGCUCUUUGUGUUCAUCGCUCUAGGACGCUGGCUGGAACAGAUCGCCAAGAGUAAAACGUCAGAAGCGUUGUCCAAGCUCAUGUCUCUACAGGCUACUGAGGCCACAGUGGUCACUCUGGGCAGUGACAUGUCUAUUAUCAGUGAGGAGCAGGUGGAUGUGGAGCUGGUGCAGAGAGGUGACACCGUCAAAGUCGUCCCCGGAGGGAAGUUUCCGGUGGAUGGGAGAGUCAUCGAGGGACAGUCGAUGGCUGAUGAGUCUCUAAUCACAGGUGAAGCCAUGCCAGUGACUAAGAAACCUGGGAGCAUUGUGAUCGCAGGCUCCAUUAACCAGAACGGCUCUCUGCUCAUCACUGCUACACAUGUGGGCAUGGACACCACCCUGUCUCAGAUCGUCAAACUAGUGGAGGAGGCGCAGACUUCGAAGGCUCCCAUCCAGCAGUAUGCUGAUAAGAUCAGUGGCUACUUUGUACCUUUCAUUGUUGGGAUAUCUGUCCUCACGCUGCUCGCCUGGAUCGUCAUUGGCUUCUUGGAUUUCUCACUAGUGGAGGAGUAUUUUCCUGGUUACGAUAAGAGCAUUUCCAGAGCGGAGGCAGUGAUCCGCUUCGCCUUCCAGGCCUCCAUAACUGUGUUAUGCAUCGCCUGCCCCUGUUCUCUUGGCUUGGCAACCCCGACAGCUGUCAUGGUGGGCACAGGAGUUGGAGCCCAAAAUGGCAUUCUGAUCAAGGGAGGGGAGCCACUUGAGAUGGCACAUAAGGUGCAGAUAGUUGUAUUCGACAAGACAGGAACCAUCACAUACGGAGCUCCAAAGGUCGUUCAGGUCAAGAUUGUUGUGGAAGGGAACAAGAUGCCCCGCUCCCGGCUGCUGGCCAUCGUGGGAACGGCGGAGAACAACAGCGAGCAUCCACUGGGAGCCGCGAUCACCAAGUACUGCCGCCAGGAGCUGGGCACAGAGUCUCUCGGCACAUGCACCAACUUCCAGGCUGUGCCAGGCUGUGGCGUCAGCUGUCAGGUCAGCAACACGGAGAUGCUGCUGAAACAGGCCGACAGUGACAGCGAGGACACCAACCAGCGGAACAGCGUUCUGGUCCAUAUGAGUGACACCAGAAUGACACCCGGCUCACAUCCACUUAUCAUGGACCCACAGCCACUGACACCAGUGCAGACGACCAACUACGCUGUACUGAUUGGAAACAGAGAGUGGAUGAGGAGGAACUGCCUGGACGUCAGUUCUGACAUCGAUGAGGCCAUGACUGAGCACGAGAGGAGGGGACGCACGGCUGUUCUAGUGGCUGUUGAUGACUUACUGUGUGCCAUGAUCGCCAUAGCGGACACUGUGAAACCAGAGGCUGAUCUCGCUGUUCACACCCUGAUCAACAUGGGUCUGGAGGUGGUGCUGAUGACCGGGGACAACAGCAAAACAGCACGAGCCAUCGCUGCUCAGGUGGGCAUCAGGACAGUGUUUGCUGAGGUUCUUCCCUCCCACAAAGUAGCCAAGGUGGAGCAGCUGCAGCAGGCGGGUAAGAUAGUGGCCAUGGUGGGAGACGGCGUGAAUGACUCUCCUGCUCUGGCCAUGGCUGACGUGGGCAUCGCCAUCGGGACCGGGACGGACGUGGCCAUAGAAGCUGCAGACGUGGUGUUGAUCAGGAACGACCUCUUGGACGUGGUGGGGAGCAUUGACCUCUCAAAGAAAACAGUCCAAAGGAUCAGGAUCAACUUUGUGUUCGCUCUCAUCUACAAUCUUGUUGGCAUUCCUAUUGCUGCUGGUGUGUUCAUGCCCAUUGGUCUGGUCUUACAGCCAUGGAUGGGUUCUGCUGCCAUGGCACUGUCCUCCGUCUCUGUGGUUUUGUCCUCUCUUCUGCUCAAAUGUUACACUAAGCCCAGUGCAGAGAAGUUGGCGGCCCGGCUGGGCAACGUCCGGCAUCAGGGCAGCCUCUCCGACGUCAGCAUCCACAUCGGCAUGGGAGACAUUCGCCGUCCGUCCCCCAAACUAAGCCUGCUGGACCGCAUCAUCACCUACAGCCGCGCCUCCAUCAACUCCCUGCGCUCGGACAAACACUCACUCAACAGUUUGGAUCAGAGCGAGCCGGACAAACACUCUCUGCUGGUGGGGGGGGCUCAGCAGGAGGAGGAGGAGGAGUUCUGCUGAAACACUCACAGGCUCACAGAGGAACUUGUUUUAUUCCAGACGGUGUUGCUCUAAUCGACCGUCCAUCUGCUGGAGGUGCCUCAGGGCAGCACAGCCGAGGUGAAGAGAGAUUCUUCUGUUUCAGCUCCAGCAGAAGAUCGCAGUAGCAGAACUUAUUUUUUUGAAGUUGUUGCCUUCCACCUGUGUUCUCUGUCCAACGUUUAACACUAUGGUCUCCUGACAUUUUGUGUGCUCAACAUGGAGCACUGCAUCCAGGGAGCAGAGUGUCAGCUCAUCUGCCUGUACAAUCUUGCCAUCAAUCCAAAGACUAUUGAACAGCAGUGUCCAUGUUCAGUAGUUGUGGAUGCUAUGAAAUUAUAUUUUCACUGAUUUUCCUUUUUAAAACAAAAAAGGAAAAUGGAAGUAACACUGUUGUAUUAUACUAUUCCAGAUUAUUUAUAUUACACAUAUUUAUCUUAUUUUUUCCAUCAUGUGUGGACUAUGAAGUUGUUAAAUCAAAGUUUCAUUUUUAAUUUUCAGUCAAUCGUUUGAACAUGGAAAAUGAUUGAUGAAGUGUAGAUAGCUAAGUGAACACUAAGGCUUUGUGCUAAACCUUACUGUUGAGGUGGGAAUGAAGUAUAUUUGUCAGUCGAGCCAAAGUGCCAAUAGAAAGAGCCGCCUUGGCGAAGACAUUCCAAAGACCGCACUGACUGUGUGGGUGUAAAUUUAUAUAUGACCUGAGAGGAAGUCACCACGGAGAGAAAGACACAAACUAAGUGUCAGAGAGGAAACUGCAACGGUGAUGGAUAUAUAGUCAGGUCUGCUCCACAUCUUUGGUUAACUAUGAAGCUGUCUGUCAGUGACUGUGAACAGAGGUCAGUGUCUGACUGUUUGUGCUGUAUCGUUGGUCAGUUUGUUAUUGAAUAACAACGUUGAAGAACUUGCGUUACUUUUUCUAAGGUUUUUACUGUCUUUUGUACUUUGUUUUGUACCUGAGUUAUAACCAAACAGCGGUUGUCACUCAGUCACACACAGGAGCAGGAUCAGAAGGAUUAAUUAUGAUCCUGCAGUUUCACCAAAAUUGUUGCUGAGAAACGGACGUCUAAUUAGGUGCUUUAAAAAAUAAAUACAGAAACUGUGACCAUCAGUUGCAGACAAUGACAACUUGAAUGCUUCUGCUCCAGGAAAUCUUUCUUUGUUUUAUCUUGAGGUUUCUGUUUGGUAGCCUUUCCCAUAAUGCACUACAUUCUACAGUUUUCGCAACUUCUGUUUAUUUUGGUGCUGUGUCUCUGUCACGAAGAUUAUUUUGUCUGGGAGAUACUGAUUCACACUAUCUGUAUCUCUGAACAGUACGUGCCUUUAAAUAAAAUGCCUUUGUCACGUC